GGGAGCGCGGCCGGGGCUGGGAUCGGGACCGGGCACCGCAGCGAUGCAGCCGCCGCCGCGCAAGGUGAAGCUCACGCAGGAGGUGCGGGUCCACGUCCUGGAGCAGCUCUCGGGCCUGCAGGGCAAGCAGCAGCGGGAUGCUGAGCUGCUGGAGGACAUCAGGUCCUACAGCAAGCAGAGGGCUGCCAUCGACAGGGAAUACGGGCAGGCACUGCAGAGGCUGGCAAGCCAGUUCGUGAAGAGAGACUGGCAGCGGGGCCGCGGCGAGGCCGGCGACUCAAGGAGCGUGGUCGCUGUCUGGAGAGGUGUCAUCGAGGGCACCGCGCAUGCCGGGCAGGUCCGCGUCACCGCCUCGGAGAGCUACCGUGCCCUCGCCGCAGAGGCCGCCCGCACCGCCCGGCUCUCCAAGGAGAGGCUGCUCAAGAAGGGCAUUGAGCGGCUGCAGAAGGCACAGGCAGAGCUCCUGGAGACGGUGAAGGAGCUGGACAAGGCAAAGAAGCAGUUCACCCACCUCCAGCGGAGCAAUGAGGUGGCCAAGGACAAGGCGGCUGAUGUGGAGGCUCGGCUCCGGAAGAGCGACCGGAGGAUAUUUCACACCAAGGCCAGCCUGCAAAAGCUCAGUGCCAAGUUCUCUGCACGGCUGGCCGAGCACUCGAGGCAGCUCGCAGGGGUGCACAACGAGUACAGCUUUGCCCUGGUGUCUGCUACUGCCCACCUGGAGCACUACUGGCGUGUGGAGCUGCCGGCUGCCAUGCAGGCACUGGACGGUGACCUCUACGAGAGGCUGCGGGAGCACUUGUCAGCAGCCAGCCGGACGGAGGUGGAGACCUGCCGGGCCACACGAGACUGCUUCCAGGGCGUUGCGGAGGCAUCUGCACGGGUGUGCCGGGAGCAGGACCUCAUCCUCUUCCUGCAGGAGCAUCCCUCCUUCACCCUGGCCCCCGAGCAGCGCCUCCAGCUCACUGGGCUAGAGGAGGUAUGCCUGCUGCCACCUGGGGAUGACGGGGCCAGCCUGGAGAAGGAGGCACGGCGCUGGGCUACACGGGUGGCCCGGGACCGCAAAAACAAGGUGCACAGUGAGGAGGUGCUGCAGCGGCUGGAGGCCAGGCGGCAGCAGGUCACAGAGGUAGAAGCAGCUGCCGUGGAGCGGCAGAUGGAAGAAGUGAGGGAGAGCAUCCGGAAGGCAGAGGUGAGCCGAGUGAAGGCAGAGGCACGGCUGGCGCUGCUGCGGGCAGCAGGGCUGGAUGUGGACACUUGGCUGGCAGGGGCCAUGGGGGGGGCAGGAGAAGAGGCUCCCACAGGCCUGGAUCCAGCUGAGUUCGAUGACUACGAGGACAGUGACGAGCCAGAUGAGGACGAUGAGCCUGGCCCUGCUGCCCGCACCUAUCCCUACACCUGUCGGGUGAUCUUUGGGUACCAGGGCUGCCAGGCAGACGAGCUGUCCAUCACCCAGGGAGAGGAGCUGGAGAUCAUCGAGGAUGGGGACGCAGAGGAGUGGGUGAAGGCUCGAAACAAGGCCGGCCAGGUUGGCUACGUCCCUGAAAAGUACCUACUGUCCCUGGGGGGUGAGCCAGGGGCCGGGGCUGGUCCUCCGGGACCUUCUGCAUUGCACCGUCAGCUCUCCAGCAUCAUGGCUGCAGAACUGGUGCUGGAGCCUGGAGCCUGGCUCGUGCGAGCUCUGUAUGACUAUGAGGGGCAGAGCCCUGAGGAGCUGAGCUUCCCCGAGGGGGCCAUCAUCCGGGUGCUGCCCCGCACUGCCGGCGAGGUGGACGAUGGCUUCUGGACGGGUGACUUUGAUGGCCGCAUUGGUGUCUUCCCCUCGCUGGUGGUGGAGGAGCUCACCGGGGCGCGGGGGCCAACUGGGCAGGAGCUGCCGUCGCCAUCCCCACCGCCCUUCUCCCCUCCUGGCCUCGCACCCGGGGCCAGCCUGGUCCCCAACCCCUCUCCUGAAGCAUCAUCGCUGGGAGGUUGCCGGCAGGACGGCGCGGGCAGCGGGCAGAGCUCUCCGGACCUGGCAGCCACCCGCCUCCGGCCACUCCGAGCACCACCACCACCACCAGGCAGAGCCCCAGAGCCUGACCUCGAGCUACCCUUCAGCUGACCCUGCAAGGUCCCACCUCCCUCCCUGCUCCUCAACUCACUUCACCCCGGCGAGCCCCCAUGGGCUGCUGUCCUGCAGCAGGGGCUUGCGCCACCUCCUACCCUGAGCUGGUCUCUCCACGGGCCGCAUCCUGCCCAGCACCGCUUGCAGAGUGGUCCUGCAUCCCUUUACAGCACGUGGCAUCCUCACAGCCCCUCUAUAGGCGUGUUCAGUGCUAAGGCUGGGCCCCACCUCACCCACCUCUUGCCUCUGCCCUUUCCAUCACCCAUGCAGCCCUAGUGCAGCCCUGGUUCCUGGGGGUGCUGAGCCCUGGGGUCAUCUCCCCACAGGCAGGAGUGGGCACUGGGGGCUGUGCCCCAAUAAAGCCAGUUAAGCCUCU